AUGGCAGGCACCACCUUCCUACUGCAGACCAAUGCAUUGCUGCGCAAGAAUGCCAUCUAUCAAAAGCGGCACAGCUGUGUCAACGUUGCCACAGUUCUGCUCCCUCUGGUAUUUGUGCUUCUUUUGACUGGGUUGCAGAGUUGGGUUGAUGACCUUGCACACUCACCAGAAAACCAGUGUGGUUGCAUGUGUACAUUGUGCUGCACUAAAGUUGGAGGAGCCUGUCGAAAUGCCACAUCAUCCAGUCAGUGCAGCAAGGAAGAAGAAUGCAGGGCUUUUGAUGAGGACGUGUGUGGACUACAAUACUCAACUACCCUACAAGCAAUAUUCUGUGAACAACCCCAUCCCUCAAGCUGGCCGCCAGUGGUGCAGAUCCCUGUGGAGAGCAAGCGAGCUAUGCCAUGGAGACCUAACGCUGUCAUGAUGUAUGCUGGUAACGGAAAUGGCACUCUGGCUAGGGAGAUCGUCAAGCAGAUGUUGCCACCUUUUGUUCCAAGGCUCCCCAGUGGAAAAUUCCUGCAGAUGGGGAAGGAGCAGGAUGCAUUUCGUGGCGAGAGUUUUGUGGAUUCUGGUGUAUUCGUGGGUUCAUCCAGCAGAACAUCGUACACCCACUUCAUCGAGCCUGCCUUUUUGGAGCCUGAGAUUUAUGGACUCACACAAGAUUGCACACUGUUUCCCAAGGCUGGAACCAGUGAUGCAGUCUUCAUCGCCAACGAUGUGGGAAUGGAAUUGCCGUUGCCAAUAGGACCUGGAGGACAUAUUGACCUAGAGUGUGUCAAGUCAGCUUUCAGCCUGAGCACUGUGGAAAGCAUCAACAAGAGGCUUUUCUGCAGUUUUGAAAAGGCUCACUGUAAUUUGUCAGAAAAGGCAGGCAGCUUCCACGGCGGACUUCAGUCAUUGCCUGAAACAGUGCAGGAGUAUAGCAAUGCAUGGGACUUUAAAGGCUCCGAUCUGCAUGGCCUCGAUGUUGACAUUUGGUACCCUGGCCAAAUAGAAGGUGGUUCUGGAAAUGGGGGUCCGUUCAUAGAAUCCCGGGUAAAUCUGGCCCAAAAUUUGGCAGCUGACUCAUGGCUCAAGUGGGCAUUAGGAGGAGGCUUGUCAACGCGACUGCUGGCCGUUGAGGAAAUGCCAAAGCCAGCAACCACCGUCAACCUCCAGUUUUCCUCGAUCAUUGCAGAACUCCUGUUUUGCUGGGUAAUUCAGCUGCUGAUGCCACUAAUGCUUGGACAGCUAGUAUAUGAAAAGGAACACAGGUUGCGCAUGAUGAUGAAGAUGCAUGGACUUGGCGAUGCUGCUUACUGGGUCGUGAACUACAUGUAUUACUUGGUGCUUUACAUGCUGUACAUUGCAGUCUUCAUAGGCGUGGGUUCACUGGCUGGGUUGGCUAUCUGCAGUUUGACAGACUAUGGUGUUCAGUUUGUGUUCUACUUCCUCUUCGGCAAUGUUCAAAUUCUCUUCGCCUUUCUUCUCAGUUCCUUGUUUGACAACAGCCAAACUGCCAUGGCAUUUGGACUGUUAUGGGUUUUCAUGACGGGUUUGAUCGCAGAUUCAUUGCUGAAGCUACAGAUUCAAAGGGAACUGUGGUAUGUAAACCUCAUAGAGCUCAUACCCUCCUUUGGAGCAUACAGGGGACUGUAUGAAAUGGCAGAGUACAGCUUCCGCGCCGCAAACCGCCACUCAACGGGUCUGGGGUGGAAUGAUUUGAAGGACCCCUUAAAUGGGAUGUCCUUUGUCUUGCUGUCCUUCCUCAUGGAGUGGCCCAUUCUUCUGUUGGUAGCUUGGCAACUUGAAAGGUGUCACUCAGCUGGUGCAGGAUCUUGGUAUCAUUACCUCUGGUCCCUGUGCUCUUGGACAAAGGGAAGGAAGAGUGGGAAACAGCAGAUGUCCUGGGAAGUGAAGGAGGGGGAUGGUGAUGAGCUUGCUGGAGCUCCGUUGCUGGGACCCUCAGACGUGCGUGUGGACAUUGACGCUUCAAGUCAAGAUGUUGAUGAAGAACGUGCAAGGGUUGCUGGGAUCCCUCUCAAGGGAGACUCAGAACACUCCAUCGUUGUUCGCUCACUUCGAAAAGUAUUUCCCGGCAUCCAGGGGGGUCCCGAAAAGGUGGCUGUAAACAACCUUGACCUUGCAAUUCGCCGUGGAGAGGUUUUUGGUCUGCUUGGCCCGAAUGGCUCAGGCAAAACCACUUUCCUCAACAUGUUGUCUGGGUUCUUGCAACCCACAGAAGGGACAGCACUGGUGGCCGGACUGGGGCUGGACACGGACAUGGACCAGCUGCACAGAAUCAUGGGGGUGUGUCCUCAGCACAACGUUCUCUGGGACACUGUCACUGGGAGAGAGCACCUUUUGUUCUAUGGCCGCCUAAAGGGGCUGGCCGGUGCUGAGCUGCAAGAUGCUGCAGACUCCGCUUUGAAAUCAGUCCGCCUCUUCAACUAUGGGUUUGGGGACAUGAUGGUCCGCGAGUACAGUGGGGGCAUGAAACGGCGACUCAGUGUUGCCAUUUCGCUCAUUGGAAGCCCGAAAAUUGUUUAUCUGGACGAGCCAAGCACGGGAUUGGACCCUGCCUCCCGGCGAAGUCUGUGGGAGGUUGUGAAGAAGGCCAAGGUUGGCAAGUCCACGAUUUUGACGACCCAUAGCAUGGAGGAGGCAGAGGUGUUGUGCGAUCGCCUGGGCAUCAUUGUUGACGGACAGCUGAUGGUGAUUGGCCACCCGAAAGAACUGGCAGCACGAUACGGAGGUUACUUGGUCUUCACACUGGUAACGAAUGCAGAUGAUGUUGGAGCUGCCAAAGCUCUGGUCCAAGGCUUUGAUCCAACGGCCCAGUUAACGUACGAGCUGGCGGGGACCCUUACCUUCGAGCUGUCGACAAAGAGUGUGAACCCAAGUGACGUAUUUCGACUUGUUGAGAAAGCAAGAGAUCAAAUACAGGUCUUGGAUUGGGGUUUGGCGAACGCCACUCUUGAAGAUGUGUUCCUCAAGAUCGCCAGGUCUGCAGGUGCCCGCACAGACCAUUUGCAUUGA